AGGAAGUCGAAACUGAAAGUGACUUACAGGACGGCGGUUGUGUUUGACUUUUUUGUAUUAUUUUGGUCCCUGUUGACUUACCCUGAGCAUCUAUUAAAGCUGUGGAUCAGAUCCAUUCUUUACCAGUGGUGGGAUGAGUGCUGACCUGAAGGACGUGAUGAGGAGAACGCUGGACGACCUCACAGAGUCCGACUUCAAGAGGUUCAAGCACUACCUGAGGGACUACAACCAGCAAGGUGAAUGCCAAAGUGAGUCCAGGAUCGCAUGGGGCCGGCUGGAAAGAGCAGACCAGUACGACACAGUGGACCUGAUAGUGCAGGUAUACUUCUCCGAUGCCGGAGACGCCAUGCUGUCCGUCCUGCAGAAGAUGAACCAAAACCAGCUGGCCAGGAGCUUGGAAAAAGACUUGGGUGGUAUCCACCAGGGAGGUUCUGGGUCCAGACAUGGAGGCAGCUCCUCUGCUGCUAAUGCUGGAAUGGGACGAGUCUCAGGACCGGAGUUCUUCCAGAAACACAAGAGAGAUCUGGAGAUGCGCCUCGGCGUCCUGGGUCCAAUCCUCGCCGAGCUUGAGUACUGCGACGUCCUGAGUCCAGUGGAGAGAGAAGAGGUGGAGAGCAAGGCCACGCGGAGCCAGCAGAACCGCGCCCUGUUAGUCAUGCUUCACAGUAAAGGCAGCGGGGCCCAAGAGGAGUUCUAUAAGGCCCUACUGGAGAAUGAUAAGUACCUGGUGAAGGACCUCAUGAGUCCGCCUUUUUAAAGGUGGAGUAUUAUUUUUAGGAUUCUUGCACACCUCCAUUUGCCAGGUGCGUAGCAGUGGAUCCACUGGGUCACGAACGUAUAGAGACAAAGAAGCUCCUGCACACUGUGUGGAAUUGCUUGAGGAGGGUCACAGACCGAAACGUCGCAAGUAAAAACUCUGCAAAUGUGAACAGUGUGCGGGAGAUUCUUUGUCUCUAAAGGUGGAAUAUGUCAUUUUUUAAAAGUAGUUUAUGUUCAGAAUUUACGCUGCCCAUUCACAAACAUGAAUAUUUGCCAGAAAAAAGGAAAAAACGAAAGCGCUGUGUGGAUAAAGUAGGUAAAGUAUUCA